AAUUUUAGCCACACGCUCUAUCCACCAAUCAAGAAGACAAAACAGAAUUUAGAAGAAAAAAACUGACCUCAUUUUAUCAUAUCAUGGUUCAUAUCGGUUACCAUGCAAGAGCUCCAAAUUUAGGCAAAGAAAACGCUAAUGAGGUUUGCACAAACCCUCGUGAAGGAUUGAACAAUAGAACACCAACCAAGAAAGCCAGAAGAAAAAGAAGAACAGAACAACCAAAAAUGGCUUCUUCCCAAGUUGAAAUCGCUUCUUCUUCGCCUUUCGGUUGUGUUCUGAGGGACCGUAAUCGCCGCGAUGGAUGCAGGGAAUCCACCGGUUUCCAAAAAAACAUCAAGAACUUUGUCAUGGACCACCUCAACACAUGCAUCUCCACCAUAUCCUCUGACUCUGCAACAAAUGAGAAUAAGGAACAGAAUCAGAUGAACAAUGCUGCAGCUUCUUGGGUUUCAAAGCCUGCAAAUAGCAACAAUCUUGCGAGGCUCCGUUUCAAGAGAAACAAUCACAGCAACAUCAACAACAGCAAUGACAAUAAUGAAUCUUCUUUGGCUUCCUUGAUCAGCCCGAGACACUCUCGUCUUCUUGAUCGAUGGGCAGCGAAACAAGCUCGCCAGAUGGUGUCGACGUUGGAGAACGAGGAGGCUGAGUUGUUAGCCAUUGACAACAAUAGCAACAACAACAACAGCAUUCUUACAAGAACAUCUAGUUCUAAUUCUGAUGAGUUUUCAUCUGAAUUUGCAAAGACAAAGCUUGGUGCAUCUUCCCUGGUUCAGAUAUGGGAGAAGAGGCUGAACAAGUCCAGUGUAUCCAAGCCCAACACACCAAUUGAGAGGUCCAGUUCCAAUUCUGCUACCAGCAGCAUUGAAAUUACUUUCUCUGUGGCAGAGCAAAGCAGAGUGUUAGAAACAGGGGAAACAGGGGAAUGUUGUGAACUGCCUUCAGGGAAUGAGGAACCGUUCCCUGAUUGGGAAUCUGACAAGACAGGACAGAGUAGUGAUCAAUCCGUUUCGCCGCCACGAGGGAGGUGGAGUUCUUCUGAGAGCAGCGACAGGGUCAGUGUUGCAAACAUCAUAAAGAGGCUUCAAACACAGAAUGAUGACAAUGAUCAUGAAGGGUGUGGUGGUACUAGUAGUGUGGCAGAUUCACCUUCCGCAGCAGAGAAUUCAGAACAGAGAGUUUUUCCCCAGGUAACUUGUACCCCGAGAGUUAGAGGGCGCAAGGCGUUCGAUGAUUUGCUCAUGAAGUUGGAGCAGGACAGGCAUGGGGAGCUGAAGAACCUUUCAGAACGUGGAGCUGUCUCCAAGUUCACACAAAGAGGUCGCAUUCAGGCAUCGCUUCGACUUAGAUUGUUACAACGUGGGGUGGUAGUUAAUGAGCCCUACCGCUUGAAAUCAACAGCAUCUGAAGUGAACAGACAACCAGCACAGGGAUCUGCAAUUAUGCAACUAAGGGAAAAAUUUAGCAAUGGAGCUGAACAGAGAAAAACAGUCCAAGCAGAAGUAGCAAGCCCAAAAAGUCCUCAUAAGGAGAUAGCAAACAAAACCACACAAUUGGAUAACUCUUCCAGUGUUGAUCAAAUCAACAAAGACAAAAGCAGCAAGACAUCUCAUGGCACUGCCAAUCAAUCUACAGAAUCCACACAAAAGUCAGUGUCUAAGACUAGCGAAGAUCAUAAGAGACAAGAAGCUCAUCCAAGUUCAGAUAUCACACUCCAAGAAACACGUUUUGAGGCUCGGCAUGAUGUCAAGCAGGAAACUGCUGAGGCAACUACAUCCAGGCCUGAUUCAAUUCCAGAUGAGAGGACAGACAAGGCAGAAACCAGCAACCAACAGCAUGCUAUGAGCAAAAGCAGUUAUGAAGAAACAUUGGAUGAGUUAGAAGCAAAUCAUAAGAGACAAGAAGCUCAUCCAAGUUCAGAUAUCACACUCCAAGAAACACGUUUCGAGGCUCGGUAUGAUGUCAAGCAGGAAACUGCUGAGGCAACUACAUCCAGGCCUGAUUCAAUUCCAGAUGAGAGGACAGACAAGGAAGAGACCAGCAACCAACAGCAUGCUAUGAGCAAAAGCAGUUAUGAAGAAACAGUGGAUGAGGUAGAAGCAAGUAACCAGCAGCAUGCUGAAACCAGUCUUGACAAUGCAGUAGAAGAGGACUAUGCUGAAAGCAGUUAUGAAGAGUUAGUGGAAGAGUUGGUCAUUGAUCAGGAUUAUUGUGAAACUAAUUAUGAUUGGAUCAGUGAAAUAUCUCGGCCUAAGAGCUACUGGGAAGAACGUAGGCAAGCAUGGUAUAGAGAGAUGCUUGACUCAGGUUCUCAAAAAGAGGAUAUAAGGAAGCUUCUUGAGAGAAGAACAGUGUCAACUUUCCUUACAAGUGAUUUCCGGGAAACAAUGGAUAGAUUGAUGCAAUCUCAUAGGGGAACACAAACACAUUUAAUCAAUAGUGAAGAUGAUGAGGAAGACAAUCAAGGGUUGAUAGCAUUUUUAAAAGAACGCAUGCAUUCCGCCAGCCCUUCUCAAGAAGAAGGAAGAGAGAGAGGCGGGGAUGAAGAGGAGGAGAGGAUGGAAGAGGAAGUAGAAGAGGAGGAGGAGAAAGAAGAUGAGGAUGAGCAUGAGCAUGAAGUUGGUGUUUAUUCUAAUCCCUCCUUAGCAUGGAGUUUCAGAGACCAUGAAGCUAGCGAUGACUUUGAUAGAGUUGCUUCUACAUCCUCACAACCUUAUCAAGCUCAGUCUUAUGGAGAUAGUCGCCGGAACUCUUCAUCCUCCCAUCAUAAUUCAAUUGAAAUGGAGCUCAUAUAUGAUAUGAGAAGCAAUAUGGAGCAACUUUACCGUGAGAUGUCUGAGCUAAGGAAAUCUAUACAAAGCUGCAUGGAUAUGCAGAUGCAAUUACAACAAGCCAUGAACCAAGAGGUUCUCACAGUUAAAAAAGAAGAAAAGAAGUUUCAUAACAGGGCCCCUAAAAAAGGAAACUGCUGCAUUUGCUACGAUAUGAAAGUUGACUCAGUUUUAUACAGGUGUGGACACAUGUGUACGUGUCUGAAGUGUGCCAAUGAGUUGCAAUGGAACAGUGGGAAAUGCCCAAUAUGUCGAGCUAAAAUAGUAGAUGUUGUUCGUGUAUACGUUGAUGUUUAGUCCUGAAACAUAGUGAACUGAUAUGACAACAAUGUAACAUCAUACAGGGAGUAUUGAGUUUCUCCUUUUUCACAUAUACUUUUCAAGUAUAUGAUUUUUUUGAGGAGAAAUUCAAAUGACAAACUUCAUUGUACAUUUGAUAGUUUUAAA